UCAAUCAUUUUGAUUCUUCCUCUAUGAUUGACAAAGCAAAAUGUUCCAUCCAAAUCACAAAAAUUACCACCACCAUCAAAUUCAUCAACCCAUAUCUGUUCAUCCAUCCCGAUAAGGAAGAGGCAUCACAUUGGGCCUACUCAUCUCCUCGUGUUUACGCCUGUAGUCAAUCCCUCCCUUGAAGAUUCCCAGCGUCUUCGUGUCACCACCUAACUCCACCACCCCCAGCAGCUGAGUGUUACAGCUGACCUGCCCAAUUUUCGAUUUUCACCACCCAACCAACCCCUUCUGCCCCUCAACCCCACCGCCAACCACUCGUUUCUGCUCCUCUGGAUUCCCUUCUCUGCUAAUUUUUUCUUCCAACAAUCUUGGCGGCUUUUCAUCAAACUCCAACAAUCUUGGCGGCUUUUCAUCAAACGCCUGAUGGACAAUUCAAGUUCACCAUCAAUUGCACCAAUUUCGCCAUCCCGCCAUCAAACCCAUCCUAAACCCCUGGACAUGUCUAACGCCUCCAUGAUCUCGGCAAUUCUAGAGGACCCCACCAACUCCUCCCUUUUCGAUUGGUCCGAUUUUCUGGACUUCAACAUCGACGUCGAGCCUUUUGCGUCUGCUCCUUUUGCCGCCGAUCAACAACAGCAGGAGGGACCCGUCUCGCCCUCGGAUUCGGAUCAAGUUUCACCUCUGGCGGAGGAUCCGGGGCGGGUUAGGAAGAGGGACCCGAGGCUGGUUUGCUCGAAUUUCUUGGCGGGUCGGGUUCCCUGUGCUUGCCCGGAGUUAGAUGAGAAGUUGGAGCUGGAAGAGGUGACGGCCCUUGGCGAGCCGGGCAAAAAGAGACCCCGGACCGUCAGGGUUCCGGCAGGGUCUAAUGCCCGCUGCCAAGUGACGGGGUGUGGAGCUGAUAUCAGUGAACUUAAAGGAUAUCAUAAGCGGCACCGGGUUUGUUUGCAGUGCGCCAAUGCUGGUGCUGUAGUUCUUGAUGGGCAGAGUAAGAGAUAUUGUCAACAGUGUGGCAAGUUUCAUAUUUUAUCUGAUUUUGAUGAGGGCAAGCGUAGCUGUAGAAGGAAAUUAGAGCGUCACAAUAAUAGACGACGAAGGAAACCCAAUGAUCCUAAAGGCACUGUUGAAACGGAACAUCAGCAGACCACUGUGGCCGAAGAUGUUAGCGGUGAUGAUGAUGCAGGAAAAGAUGGCAUUUGCUUGAGUAGUGAAAAUGCAGAGAAGGAAACAUUGUUGGAAUCUGAAGGGCAACAGUCAACACUCUGCUCAGCUCAUGAUUCACAAAAUAUUCAGAACAAUAGCAUUGUAACUUCUGGUUCUUAUGGUGACACCCAGAUCUACGGAGAGAAAGAAAAUCCUAAAUACAGUCGCUCCCCGUCUUUCUGUGACAACAAAAAUGCAUUUUCUUCUGUGUGUCCUACUGGUCGCAUCUCUUUCAAGCUUUAUGAUUGGAAUCCUGCAGAAUUUCCUCGACGACUCCGGCACCAAAUAUUUCAAUGGUUAGCUAGCAUGCCUGUUGAAUUGGAGGGAUACAUCCGCCCUGGCUGUACAAUAUUGACAGUGUUCAUUGCAAUGCCCAAGUUUAUGUGGGUUAAGUUAUCCGAGAAGCCAGCUGAGUGCUUGCACAACUUGGUUCUCUCUCCUGGAAGCAUGCUAUCUGGCCGGGACACUUUUCAUAUUUAUCUUAACAACAUGAUAUUCCGUGUGAUAAAAGGUGGAAGUUCUCUCUUCAAAGUUAAGGUUAAUGAGCAGGCUCCAAAGCUCCAUCAUGUUCAUCCUACAUGCUUUGAGGCUGGAAAGCCAAUGGAGUUUGUUGCCUGUGGAAGUAACCUUCUUCCGUCUAAACUUCGGUUCCUUGUAUCUUUCACGGGAAAAUAUCUAGCCCAUGAUCUUUGUGUUUCAUCAUCAUGCGGUAAGACUGAAGGGGAUGCUGGUAGCCUAAACCAUCAUUCAUUCAAGAUAUCUGUUCCUCAAACAGAACCUGGAAUCUUUGGCCCUGCAUUUGUUGAGGUUGAGAAUGAAUUUGGCCUUUCGAAUUUUAUUCCUGUCCUUAUCGGCGACAAAGAAAUUUGUGCAGAAAUGAAUAUAAUGCAGCAAAGAUUUGCUGCUAAACCAUGUAUUAAAGGACUACAGCUUUCGGCUACUAGUUCAUGUGGAGUUUCUGACUUGAGACAAACAGAAUUUUCAGAAUUUAUUAUGGAUGUAGCAUGGUCACUGAAGAAGCCUGUCAUGAAAUCAUCUACGCCAUUUCUCACAUCUGUGCAGAUCAAAAGGUUUACUAAUCUUUUGAAUUUUCUAAUAGAAAAUGAGUCUACUGCCAUACUGGACAGAGUGGUGUAUUAUACGAGAGUUUUGAUCGACAAUAAUUUUGUUGCAACCAACAUCACUGAUGCUGAUAUGGAGCACUUGUGGAUGAAUUUGGACAAGGCAAGAGACAUACUUUAUCAGAAAUUGCAACGAAAUGAACAUCAAUUAAAUAAUUCAAGAAAGUUUUUGCUAGGGGAAAGGUCUUUCAAUCGAACCUCCCUGGAUCAUAUGUCAUCUGUUGCAACAUCAAACAGCCAGGGUGAGGAGGUAACAAGUAAGGCAAAGUUAACUGCUAGAGUGGACAUAUCUUCUCACGAGGGAGGAACAACGGUCCCUCUUCUGACCGGAGAGGUGGUCAUGAGAGUAAAUGUUAGUGAACGUCCGGGAAAAUCUUGCAGUCCUUUGUUGAUUAAAACGGGAUUUUCCUCUCGGCCUCUCAUUUUUGCUGUAACCGCUGCUACUGUGUGUAUUGGACUCUGUGCUGUCCUCUUCCACCCUGAGAAGGUUGGUGAAGUAGCCACGACUAUUCGGAAGUGUUUGGAACAGAAUUCGUAGUGUUGCAAGUUGCUCCAAUCCAGAGCAAGUGUACCGAAAUGUAGAUGGAAUGAUACCGCAAUGUACAGUAAAGAUUUAGGGAUUAAGGUGAUUAAUCACAAGGUGGUGAAUGUUAUAUUCUUGCUUUGAUGCUCGAAGUUGAGCUGGCUGUGGAAUAUGCAGCAUUUGUAUGGUUUUGGAUGCACCCGACAAGUUGAAAUAGUACUCAGGAUGGCAUGGAAACCGACGGUACAUGGUUUCAAUUGUUGGACGGAUUGUUUUCCCUUGAAAAGACAGCUGGGUGUAUCCAUGAUGCUCUUGUAUUUUGUUCUUAAACGUUGUACCAAUAGUAGAUUUCUCUUUUUUUCUGUAUCAAGUUUUGGUAGAAUAGAAAUGUUUAUGUUUUUACGGUCCUAGCUACUCAGUUCAUGACAUAAAAAUAAUUUCAAGUGUCACUUAAUAGUGUGUUCUUUA